GGGCAGCAGCAGACGCGGCUUGUGGCCGCCGCGUCCCAGCGUCGUCUGCGCGCUCUCGCCUCCUCUGCGUCCUGGAACCCCCUCGCAGUAGCUUUCUUCGUUCUGAUGCAGAUGGCCCUGUCUAAGCAGUGGCUGAGGAUCGCGGAGCGUGGCAGUGGGAUGAUGAUGGCAACGUGAAGCGGAGAGGGGCGGCGAAGGUGGUCUCGAGAGACGGCGGGGGGAACGCCAUGGCGGAGGCGCAGGCCACCGUCGAGUUCUCCGUGGAACUUCACAAGUUCCACAACGUGGACCUCUUCCAGCGAGGGUUUUACCAGCUGCGGGCCGCUCUGAAGGUGCCUCCGCGGAUUCCACACAAAGUGGAGGUCAGCUUGCCCCAUAAAAAUGGAGGGGACCCGGUGUCACAGGCCACGGUGUUAGGCCCCGCCUCCGUGUCCAGCCGCACCUUCCAGAUCCUGUACAAGAGCGAGGAGGUUGUGCUCGGUGACGUGGUGCUGUUCAAAGCGCACGUGCUGCUCGACGCACGCCGGAUGGAGGAGUCCCUUGCGGAAGUUGACUUUCAGCUCAUAUUGGAACUGUGUUUCACCGACACAAACUGCGUGCAAGACGGCUGGAACCUGAUGCAGCCCAUGAGCACCCGCACGCUGGCGCUGCAUGUGAGUGCUGGCCGUGGCCUGCACCAGCACCGGCCCGUCAUGUUUGACUACUUCCACCUGGCGGUGGCGUCGCUGUCCGUGCACGGCUCACUCGUCGCCCUGCACCACCCACUCGUCAGCUUCCCGCGGCAGGUGAAAUCGUGGCUCGGACGGAGCUCGCAGACGUUGCCGGCGCGAGACUGCGACAUCCCGGCGCCGGAGAUGGUGCUGUUCGGCAGCGGAUACAGCAGCCAGGGCUCCCCCAAUGGCGGGAGCCUGGUGGUGCCGGAGAGCUGCCUGCAGCACGCGCACGAGUUCCACCGCGCCGCGUGCGCUGCCCUGCUCGCAUCGUACCGCGCGCUCUUCAACCACUGCGCCGCGCUGCAGCACGACGUGCCCAGCCUCCAGCUGCCCGCCCAGGCCAUCGCCAGCAUUCAGGGGCUGUACUCGCUUCUGGUGCAGACGCAGAAUCCUGCUCCGUACAGCCCUCAACUACGCAUAGAGAAAUGUGAUGUCUCCACCAAGCUCUCACAGCUGUGCUCACACGUACAGGGCCUGACCAGUGCGGAGGAGCUGGUGGAGGCCAUCACAGUGGACCUGGCCCAGCUCUGCUCGCUGCUCAUGGCGCUCUGGGCGCAGUUCCUGCAGAGCGUCGCCCUGCGCCCCGACGUCACCGGCCACCUCGCCUGUGAGCACCACCACUCGCGGGUUCGCAGGUUCUCGGAGGCGUUUUUCUGCAUGGAGCACCCCCUGCAGUCGGCGCUCACUUACCAGGAGAUGCAUGCACAAAGCCACGCAUACAUUGCCUCGGUGGUUAAGAACUCCCCGUACCUGAGCAGCCUGCCCAACCUUCCCCUCGAGUGCCUGGAGCUGGAUGGGGACUUCACUUCACUGCCCAUCAUAUUUGAGGACCGGUACCUUCACUCCGUGACCCAAGACGCUGGGAUGGACCUGGCGGACGCCUCCAUCUCCUGGAAGGAGGUGCGGGAGAAUGCACGCCGCUCCUCCUUCACCAUCAAGAUCGAGCGGCCUGAGAACCGCGAGCAGCGCCGUACCACUUCCUUCUCGGGCGGCUCUCCCCGUUCCGCCACCCGCCAGCGGUCGCCCAAGCUUGGUGGCGGCACCGGAGGAGGAGGAGGUGACAGCCGUUCCCCGGUGGAGCCACGUGACGCCACCGACGGCGUCGUGAGGGCGAGGCAGCGCAAGGCGGACGAGCUCGGCGCCAGCCGGCGGAAAGGUGGCAGGGGCAGCAGUGGAAAUCUCACGAUCGGGUCGCCUUCAACCGACAGGCCAGACGAAGAUGGCUCCGUGGUGUUACUCGGCUACCGGCAUCUGGAGGGUGACGCCGCAACGGGUGACGCAAAGCUACAGCUCCCGCCCCAACACUCGCCCCAGCGCUCGCCCCAGCCCUCGCCCCAGCGCACGCUGGACGCCGACCAGCGCUACGCCACGCUGCCGGCAUCUCUCGCCAAGCGGGGCAGCUUCUCCAAGGCCUCCUUCAAGAAGUACUUGAAAUCCGACCAUCACAGCAGCUCACCCGAGGGCAAGGCAUCCAAGGCGGCGGUGCCCACAAAAUGCUUUCCCAGCCCUAAGAAGUGCGCCCCCUUCGGAAGUCCGGAGGGAUCUCCCAAGGCAGCCAAUUCGAAAGCUGAAGCGGCCGACUUAAGCGAGUCGGGGAUAAAGGCGCUGUUUUCGCACGGACUCUCGGGCUUGAAGCAUCUUGGCCAGGCCGGCUCGCAGUCACGCACCUCCUCCGAGACGAGCUUGCUGCGGAACAAAACGGACGAAGCCAAAAGCGCCGCCGUGCCCUCCGCCGUGGGCCUGACGUACCGGCCCCACCCGACGCGAUCGCUGUCGGUGACUGUCGUCCGACCCGAGGCGGGGCCGGCCCCGGCGUCCGGACUGCGGCGGAUCGAAGUGACGCCUAGCCGCAGCGACCCGUACCGUGGAGAGAAAGUGACGCUGCUCACGCCCACGAGGACGCACGCCGCUCGGGGUGAGCGCGCGACGGAGCAGGCGGUCACGCUGCCUUCCCUGGACCCCGUCUCGGAGCCAUGGUCGCCAGACUACACCAAGAGUUUGUUCUUCACCCUGCCGCGUGACGUGAAGGGCGGCAACAAGCGCACGAAGCCGGAAGAGACCGUCGCCCAAGCUCCGGUGUCAGAACGCAGCACGGUGCCCUCGAUAACCGGCGACGUGUCCCUGCUUAAAAGCUCCUCGCUCGCGUUCUCCGACUCUGGUAUUGAGAGCGAGAUGAGCUUCUGCCUCAUCGGGGCUACGUCACUCGAGGAUCGCAGCUCCCAGGCGGUUAAGGUCCCAAGCCAAGAGGUGCCCCAGGGUCACGUGACGCAGAGGCCAAAGGGCGCGUCGGAUGCGCCGCAGUCGCGACACGAAGCGAACCUGACGCGGGCAGAGAGCGCCAGCUUCCUGAGCAGCGGCGUGCAGUCGUCGCUCGCCUCCAUCAGCUCCCUGCCGUGCGACGAGGAUGCAGCCGGGGACGUGCUGCUGUCCCGCGCCAUCAAGUCCUCGGCCUCCAUGCAUUUCGGCGUCCUCGCUUCCUCCUCCCCUCCUUCCUCCUCCGGCCGUGCUGCAGAGCGGUUCGAAAAGCCCACGACGGAGCCGUGCCUCAAGCACGACGUGGCGCUCAAGCUGUCUCGCUCGGACAACGCGCUCAACAUCAUUACGCACUCCGCCGCGGAGUCGCUCGCCUUCUCAAGCGAGCAGGACCAGCGCGCGAAGACGGACUGCGCAGCUGGGGCAGGUUGCCCCCCCUUCCCUCGCGGCGGCAACAACAACAACAGCGCCACUGGACUCUGCAUCGUGGAAAAUCACUUCUCGCCACGAAACAGCGGCGGCGGCGCAGGCGGCGGCGGCCACCCUGAUGCCAGCGGCAGCGAGAUGAGCAGUCCCUCGAAGGGUGAAGCGGAGCGAACGAGCGGGGAUGGGGAAGACUCGGACACCGAGACAGAGGACCUGGAGAUGAUCCAGAAUGGCUACUACGACGAGGAUGAGGACAGGACGGCGUUCGACAGCGCGACGGAAGACGGCGCGCUCAGCGACAGCUUCUCGCCCAUGCACGGCAGCAGCGUGAUCCUCAGCCAGAGUGCGACGGUACUGAAGCCCAUCGGCGGAACAUCGCCCUCCUUCGACGGCGGGGUAGGAGGCGUGCCGUCUGACAGUUCGACGGGGGCGGCGAUGCUCGCACCCCCCGGCACGGGCGCUUGCGUCGGCUGCACACCGACCUGCCUGGCGUUUUCGUCAGCGCCACGUGACGCAGACACUUCGCCCGUCCACUCCGGGAUGACGGUGGCGCGGAAGGCGAUGGGUGGUGGUGUCGGGGGCGGCGGGGGCGGUGGGGGCGGAGGCUCCACAGUUCAGGGUUCACGCGCCCAACUGCUCCACCCCAGCCCCGAGACACCAGAGGCGAUGAUUAUCACAAGGCAGCCAAUUUCAUCGGCCGCCCAGGGAUCGCCCUGGGGUCAAGAAGACGUGGAUGACAAUCCGCAGCUGCAAUGCUUCAUGCGAGCGAAGGAGGAAGUGAAGAAGCAACUCAAGUUCCCGGGCUUCCUGUACAGCGACCAGGCGACGUUCGCCUCGGCCGUGCCUUACUUCGCGCCUGAGACGCCGGACGGUCUCGGCGACGCCGACGCCAUUCAUCUGGUGGUGUGCGUGCACGGCCUGGACGGGAACAGUGCCGACUUGCGUCUGGUGAAGACCUACAUUGAGCUGGGCCUCCCAACAGCCAAGAUUGACUUCCUCAUGUCAGAGAGAAACCAGAACGACACAUUUGCCGAUUUUGAGACGAUGACGGAUCGCCUGCUGGAUGAAAUAGUUCAGCACAUUCAGAUCUACAGCCUCACGCUGUGCAAGAUCAGCUUCAUUGGACAUUCGCUGGGCACGUUGAUCGUGCGCUCGGUGCUGACAAGGCCACGCUUUCGCUGCUUCCUACCCAAGCUGCACACCUUCCUGUCACUGUCCGGCCCACAUCUCGGCACCCUCUAUAACAGCAGCGCGCUCGUCAACACUGGGCUGUGGUUCAUGCAGAAGUGGAAGAAGUCUGGAUCGCUGCUCCAGCUGACGUGCAGAGACCAUCCUGACCCUCGGCAGACCUUCCUCUACAAGCUCAGCCAAAAACCAGGCCUGCAGCACUUCAGGAACGUGGUACUGGUGGGCUCCCUGCAGGAUCGCUACGUGCCCUACCACUCGGCUCGCAUUGAGAUGUGCAAGCUGGCGCUCAAGGAUAAGCAGUUGGGUGCGGUGUACGCCGACAUGAUUGCGAACCUGCUUGGGCCCGUGCUGGCGUCCGAGCGGUGCCGCCUGGUGCGCUACGACGUGGUGCACGCGCUGCCCAACACGGCGAACUCCAUCAUCGGCCGCGCGGCCCACAUCGCCGUGCUCGACUCCGAGCUCUUCCUUGAGAAGUUCCUGCUCGUCAGGGGACUCGAGUACUUCCGAUAAUGGCCUGGCAGGGCAGGGAAGGGGGGGGAAAGAGCUUGCCCGAACAGAUACGAGCACCGCGCGUCAUCUCUCUGGAGAGACGCCAGCCGUUGGCUCGUGGCUCCUGGGGACGGGGGCGGCCGUCGAUCGGUUGCGCUUGUGUGGUGAAGGUCAGCGCUUGAAAUCGUUGAGGUAACAUCAUCAUUCUCACGUUUGUUAUUCGCGCAGUUCUCAGCGCAAAGGCUUAUGCAGAAGGCGUUGGGUUUCGCAGACGAGAAUCCGCAGUGGUUUACCCAGGUCACUCUCGCAAACGAGACUGUCCUGGUGUCUUGAACGAGUUCUUGCCUCGUUAAAAAAAAUACGAAGGAAAUGACUUGAGAGUAGGAGGGCGAUGUUGCCCUGCGCUUUUGCCCAAUUAGGUCAUUUGCAAGUGACGUUUUUAGAUUUGGAACGUGACGCCAGCACAACAUGGCCCACACAUUUUUUCGAAUAACGUCACGGGGGGUCUAUGGUGACACGUAUUUACGAUUUAAUAGGGUCCCGCGGUAUUCACCAGGGGCGAACUUUUGCGACAAGCGGCAAACUGUCCACCGCUCUGGCACGUUCGCGGCCCAGCUCGUGCCAGUGCGCUGCGCCGUUUCAGCUUAAGGCCUUGCGCGUCCGUCCACUGCUCCGCUGAGUUCCAAUUCUCUUGCUGUUGUGUAAUAAGCCAACGUGGAGCAAGGCAGUGGGGGGGGGAGGGGGUAUGCAUGAUGUGCAGUUGGUGGGCUACUACUUGGGCAUGUAGCUUGCUGCUUUUCCCACAACUGGAUUAAGACCGUGACUUAAUAGUGAAUAAUUGCAGUCAAAGCGAGCGAUUCUCCUCUCCGUCUCGUGCUGAUGCAGCCGAUUGUCUGUUCGUAACUCGUUUUGUGUUUUGACGCUAAUUCCACUCCACGGAGAUGCAUUUUGGUUCCUAUUUAUCCCAGCUUUGGCAGGAAAAUCUGCUGGUUUAGACGCCUCAUGAUAAGAGCACUGACGCCAUGAGUUUUCCGUAGCUGAACGUGGCAUGCACCAUCAUGAUAGCAUGCAAACACACAGAGGCAGCCACCUUCAAUAACAUUUGCUUCAUACCAUGAACAGAAAGAAAAAGAUCCCCAAUGCAGCAUACACAAGCUGUUGGGGUAAGUACUGUUAACGUGCACCUAUGAAUUCUGGCACGGCACACAAGGUAUUUACACACCAUACCAGACACUCGGUUAUGGUUGAGUCGACCUGGGAGCGGCCUAGGGACCGGUUCAUAUAUUCCUCACCGAUGUUGCCCGUGAGCGGGAAUCGAACGCAGAUCGGCAGGUCCGUAGCGCGGUGGGUCAACCACUGCACUACCACCAGCGUGCACGUGCGUACACGGAAGCGAAGUCAUGCCUACACGCGCACACACACACCCAGGCAGCUGCCUUCAAGAGCAUUCCAGCCACUUUCUCGGUUAACGCAGAAUCAGCGCUACGCUUGCCAGCAGAUGUUUACUUGUUUCUUUAAGUGAUUCGCAAGUGUGAGAUGAUGUGUUUAUACGUGUUUUGUUAAGCGGUCGUUAAUUUUUGCGCAAACAGUCUCUUCAUUCCAACCACAGCAAGAACCAUUGGGGCUGCACCACAAUUAAUCGUGAGCAGUCGUAUACUGUAUUACAAUUAGUUUUUUAUCCUGUGGAGAUCGGCUUUUAUUUGCGCGUAUCUGAUACUGUGUGGUCGGCUUGAGCGAAGUCUUAACGAUCGAUACGACGAGUUCCGCAGAAUGCGCUCUCCCCUUUGUCCUGUAACUGCCAAACACGCGAGUUAUAACCAUUCCGCAUACUUGACGGCAAUAAUGCUGAACGGUGAAAACAUUUACAUAAAUUUCAAGUCAUUUGCCAAGCCCCAACCUCUGCUUUUCGAUCAGCAACCACCCUCGUACGUUUGUCACCGGCUACUGGCGCCGGAUGGCACAUUUGUAAGAUGCAUAUAUUUUUUAACGUUACGUCGUCUUAAUAUAUAUGCGAGUCCAUGUAUAUUGGGUAAGUGCGGGAGUCUGCGUGUGGAAUAUUGUGGACAGCACGGUGUUCGUUGCAGGUGGAGUAAUUUAACGGAGGUGAGAGACAAGGAUGGAUUGUCAAAUUUCACGUUUAAAGUACGGUAUAUAUAUAAUGUAGAUGUACAGUUUUUGAAUGUAAUAUUGAGGAUGUAGUGGACAAAUAUUUGAUUCAGUGCUAAUAUUUCCGUUUACCAGGUCCGCAUUCUAAUGACCAAGCAGAGAUGUCCUCUGUUGGACGUUUUUCGUUUUCAGACAGCGGUAGAGUUGGAGAGCCUCCCUCCCAUUUAAGCUGUCUCGUUGUAAUAUCGGCAAUGCGGAUCGUAUUAACUAACCCAAUGCAGAGACGAUAUUUAAUUUCGCGAAAUACGGUCUCCGAAUAAUGGUUAUUACUGUCCGUUCCUUCAUUGAUUAACAAACAAAAUCAAUCCACAUUUCCGCUGUGAUUGGUUGAUUGAAUUGUGGCGGCUGCUGCUGCUGUUUCUGCGACUGCUGCUUCUGUCCAACAAGAUGGGCAUUUCUUGCACGGUUCGGCAAUUACAUCCUACGCACAACCGUUAAAAGACGCAAAGAUAAACAUUUGACGUGAUUACAACCACGUAGUUAUUCCCAGUUGCGCCGUUAAGCUCUCCGAUUUGUGUUGGGCACGAUGUCCGGGCGUUUCGCUCCACGAGCCGGGAACAUCCUGAAGUAUUAAAAUCUUUAAAUCUCUCAACGACGAGAACUAAUCGCAACAAUUGGUGCAGGCCAGAAACCAAAAGUUUUGUCAACACACAAAAAUACACACUGUGUAUCACAGAAAAGCUCUAAGCCGUAUAAAUGACCACAGUGCAGUUCUUCUGAACAGGUAGUUUCCUAGAUUUGAAGUUUUCGUGACUGCAAGGAUUCAUACUCUUUGGUUUUUUCGGUAAAGUCACGUGGGCAAAAUUACUGUGACGGUUCCACCUGAAGACGGAAGCUUGUGUUGCCUCCGAAACGUGAUUUUAUUUAUUAAACAUUUUUUACCUACGUGAUUUUACAGAAAAAACCAAAGAGUAGGUAGUUUCCUGUAUAAGGCUGCGAGUUCUCUUGUACACGCAGUGCACACUUGUGCGUACUCUGAAUUAAUUCAAACUCCCAGGACGUGACGCGAAACGGUGGGACGUCACGCAGAACAACACGCGGUCCAACCCGAGCGAAGACCGCAAAGAUAUUGGACGGGACUAAAUUGAAGCGUCAGGGGGUUCUGCCACAGUGGACCCGUCACUUUAACGUUGGUGCUGUAAUGCUGCUUGGUUGUUAUGUGUCUUUUUUUAUGGAGUUAUUUCGAACGUUUUUUUUUGUUUAUAUCGUUUUAGACUUCAUGCAAUGCAUGAAUCCCGACGGUGUGUGUUUAUAUUGUUGCGCUGCGUGUAACUUUUCUUACAGUGACGUCUAUGGUUUACACUUGGCAAUGCUUGUGGUCGCUCUGUUACGAGGUUAUUUGCAUUUCUCUUUUUUCUAUCGAACGGUGAGGCUCCGGGGGUGUGGUAACUUUGGGUUUUGUGUGUUUUUUUUUCAAACUUCGCAUCAUUUUGAGCAAAAGCAUUGUUGUGGAUAUGCACGUUUCUGCGGACGUUAGCGGAUCUGGUCUGUGACUAUGCGGUAAAGAUGUAAACUAAUUACUGGAACGAACAUUUUAAACGUGACUAUCGCCGUGCUCGAAGGAUAAUUGAGAUGGUCAUCGUCGGCAUUGGUGGUAUUGAGGCAGCGGUUGAAAUUUCACAUUUUCUAUGGCGAGUGGAGACAAAGCGUGUUAAAGUUUCUUUUUUGUUUGACCAGGUGAGAGAAAUCUCGGGAGCAGGACAUCUCGUUUUUUUGGGCGAGUCGCCCGUGUCACCAACCUGACGAGCAAAGCCAACGCAGUACAGCACGGCGAUGACGCGAAUGGGAGUCGGUGCCAAAAGCAACCGUGUCGCAUGCGGAAUCGAAAAUUCGGCAAAAACACGAAUCAGUUUUUUAAAUGAUUAAGAUAUUGGAUGAUACAGGUUUUUUUUUGGGUUAGUUUGCGUAAAUAUAUAAAUGUGCUGUUAAACCCGCCAC